CAGCAAUACCACCAAGUCACCAACCAAGCACACAGACAGCGUGUGCAUUGUGCUUCUCGUAGGUAUCGGCGGCGGUGAGGUGAAAGGUGUACGUUUCAACCCUCCGAUCGAUCGAUAUAUCCAUGUCGUCGCAGCAGGACAGCAACUGCUGGGAUGUCCAGGUGGCCGUGCUGCUGAGCUUCCUCCUCCAGGUCCUCCUCGUCUUCCUCGGCCCCACGCGGCGGCGGUCCUCCGCCAUAUGGUCCCGCCUUACCCUAUGGUCCUGCUACCUCCUCGCCGAUUCCGUCGCCGUCCUCGCCCUUGGCCUCAUCCUCUACAACAUAACCGACGGCGCCGGCAUGACGCUGGCGGCGUUCUGGACGCCGUUCCUGCUGCUACACCUAGGUGGCCCGGACACCAUCACCGCCUACUCCCUCGAGGACAACGAGCUCUGGCCCCGCCACCUCCUCGGCUUCCUCUUCGAGCUCUUCGCCGCCGCCGUCAUCUUUUUCUGCUCCCUGCAGGCCGCAGCCGGCAUCCCCGCCAUGACGAUCCACGCCACCGUCCUCAUGUUCGUCGUCGGCAUCAUCAAGUACGCGGAGCGCAUCUACUGCCUCUACUCCGGCAGCAUCUACGGCUUCCGCAACAAGAUGCUUGGCCGCCCUGAACCUGGGCCCAACUACGCCAAGCUCAUGACCGAGUUCGACUCCAGGGAGAAGGCCGGCCUGGCCGUCCAGAUCGACAUAGCCAGCGGCGGUGAGGCCGCCGAGAUGGAGAAUCAGGAGACGACGACGCGACUGGAGAAGAGCGUGGAGGCUCGCGCCUACGCCUUCUUCCUCAUCUUCCGGCGGCUCUUCGUCAACGCCGUCAUCCUCAGCUUCAAGGAGCGGCGACUCAGCCAGGCUUUCUUCCUCAACCGCCAAAACCUCAAGCCCAGCGAGGCGUUCGAGGUGAUCGAGGUGGAGCUCAGCUUCAUCUACGACAUGGUGUACACCAAGGCGCCCGUCGCCUACAGCACGCGCGGCUGGGUGCUCCGCUCCGUCUGCUCCGCCUGCCUCGUCUCCGCGCUGCUCGUCUUCUUCUUCCUCGACAAGCCGGCGCACCACAUCCAGCCCGUCGACGUCGGCAUCACCUACGCGCUGCUGCUGGGCGGGCUGGCGCUCGACGCGGCGGCGCUGCUCAUGAUCUUCUUCUCCGACCGCGCCAAGGUGUACUUGGAGGCUUCCCGUUCCCGGCGGCUGCACUGGCUGGCGUGGCUGCGGCGGGUCACCAAGCGGUGGCAGACGCCGCGCUGGUCGGGGAACACCUCGCAGCUGAACCUCAUCGGCUACUGCCUCGGCAAGCCGGGAAAUUACAGUAGCAAAGGUGGACGACGGCGGCGGUGGCUCCACAAGGCCGCCGAGAAGCUGCACGUCGACGAGAUCGUGGACGACUUCGUCUUCAUCCGCCGCGUGCCGCUACGCCGCAAGCAGCAGGAGGAGUCCCCUCUGCUCAAGUUCAUCUUCGACGGCCUCAAGACAGUGGCCGAGAAUCUGAAAGGGAAGCAGGAGGACACCAUGGAGAUGUGCAACUGUCGUGGCAAGCGUGUCAUCCAGCGCCAUGCCAUGGAGAUCAAGAAGGCCAUCAAUGGGAACAACGAGGUCGUUGAGGACAAGUUCAAGGUGAUCAUGGACAGCGUGGUGCAGAGUGACUUCGACGAGUCCGUGCUGCUCUGGCACAUCGCCACCGACCUGUGCCGCUACGGCGGUGCCAACGACGUCAUCGUGCCAGCGGCGGCGGCGGGCGGCGGCGCAGCAGGCGGAGAAACAACCAUGUCCGUGCGGCCUGUGGGAACUAGUCUAAGCCAGAAGACCAUGGAGAUGCAGGCCAUCGGCGAGACUCUGUCGGAGUACAUGCUGUACCUGCUGGUGAAGCAGCCGGACACGGUGGCGGCGACGGCGACGGCGGGCAUCGGCCUGCUCCGCUACCGGGACACGUGCGAGGAAGCGCGGCGGUUCUUCGGAUCCAUGGAGGCGUGGAUCGACGGCCACGACGACGCGCGCAGGAUGCUGCUGGGCGUGAACACGACGGAGAAGCCAGCGGUGGUGAAGGGCGACCGGAGCAAGUCGGCGCUGUUCGACGGGGUCAUCCUGGCGAAGGUGCUCCGGGAGCUGGACGAGGAGCUCAUGUGGGACGUCAUCACGGGGGUAUGGGGUGAGAUGCUGACGUACGCGGCGGGCAAGUGCCCGGGGAGCAUGCACGUCCGGCAGCUCAGCGGCGGCGGCGAGCUCAUCACGCUCGUCUGGUUGCUCAUGGCGCACAUGGGGCUCGGCGACAUGUACCAGAUCCAGCAAGGGGACGCCAAAGCCAAGCUCAUCGUCAAAGACCAGUAGUACGUACUACGUAGGAAUGAAGCAGCUCGCUCUCAUCAUCUAUAUAUGCAUGCAUGUUCAUUCCAUUAA